GGGAGAAGGGCCUUGGUCAGGGAGGUGACCAAGAACCCGAUAGUCACUCUGAGAGACCUAAAAAUAGCUCCCCAUCCAACCUGACAGCUUGAGAGGAUCUGCAGAGAAGAAUGGGAGAAAUUCCCCAAAUACAGGGGGGCCAAAUGGAGCGUUGGAGGUUGAGCUUACAGGCCAGCAUGUUUCAGUUCAUGCUGUUCACUACUCUUCUGCUGGAUUUAUCCGCAGUGUCCAACACAGCUGUUCUAGUACGGGAUGGAUCCUUUGUGACUUUGCUCUGCAAAAACCCUAGCAUGAGUAAUGCUUGCUGGAGCAGAACAUGUAAUGGGUUUUGGUGCGUUGAACCAAUAGUGGAGGUAUCCGGACCUGACAUUUUUGGCCCGACACACCCUGACAAAUACAGUCUCAGAGGAGACCUGAGCAUUGGAGAGCUAGACCUCACCCUUUCAAAUGUGAAGCCAGCAGACGAUGGGACCUACUGCUGCAUGACCAGUGCAUCACCAAACUCAAUGACCUACCAUCUGAAAAUAGUUAAUGGUUGUGUGAGGGAGCUCCUGGAAGAUGUUUGUUUCAUUUAUAAUGACAUUAAGCACUUUGCAAGCCCAAAUGCAAACCAAUGUCAACAGAGCUGCACCCAACUUGAUGCCUGUCAGUAUUUCACAUAUAUUCACAGUCGACAGGAGUGCUAUCUGAAGGGCUCAGCUGGUGGCAGGGCAAUGAAUGUGAUACACUUAGAAGACAGAGUUUCAGGCUACACCCUUAAAGACUGCAAGGAAAAAGGAAAGAAAACUGUAAGCAUGGUGAAGAUGUUUCUGAAAGUACCUCUGGGAGUUGACCUUAAUGACCCUCUGGUGAAAGAGCAAAUUCUCACACAGAUACAGGCAGAGAUCACCCAGACAGAUGGAGGUGCAUCUGUGCGAUGGAAGGAGCAGUCGGAUGGAAAAGUCUUCCAGAAGAAAGAGAAAAGAGGAGAGAAAGAAAGAACGACAGUGUGUAAAGAAGUUACAGGAAUGCUGAGUGAGACUCCUACAGGGGACAAAGUGGACUUCAUUUAUUUGAAAGAGAAAUGAAAUUGUUGACAAAGACUUUCUUCUAAUUGUUCUGCUUUAUCUGAAAUGUUACGUCAUGUUCAAAGAGUUGUAGUAGGCACAACAGGGUAUGCUGAUUUGUUGAUCAUAAUCUGUUCAUCAAAGUUGAAGCCUUCAUUCUUUUCAUGCUUUAUUUAACCAUGAUCAGUCACAUUGAGAUCUCUUUUUCAAGUGAGCCCUGGGAUUAAUGUAGCAAUGUGUAACAAAGCUAAAUAUCCCGAUUCAAUCAAAGCUACAAACCAGGCUUCUAGGGGAGGAGAACAACAACCUAUUUAUUCUAUGAUGAGAAACAAUGAUUGAUUUAAUAUGCAAUAAGUACAACUUUUUAUUUCACUUUAAACACAGAGCUUUGAAUGUGUGAAUUCAAGUAUGUUUACAGGGCAAAACAAGGGUGUCUGAACUUUAUUGAGUAUGGGCUAAGUGUGUGCUAAAC